ACACUGAAAAAAAUGAACUCCAACUAAGUAGCAUUUUCUCUUAGUUGGCGUUAAAAUAAUUGAAAUGACCUUAUUAUUGUUUACUGAAACCAAAACCAUGUAGUUGUAACAGAAACCUGAAUAUGUUUGAAGUUACACACAAGUAAAUUGUUGAUGUAAUAAAAACUUUUUAUAAACACAACUAAUACUUUUUUGAAUUCAUACACUACACUCGUUAAAUUAGUUAUUUUCUAUAAUUUACACUUGCAAAGACUCUGUGCAUGCAUUAACCAUUUAUGUCUAUUAUAUUAACGAGGCGCAAAGUUAAAAUAAUAACUGGAUAUGUUACAUUAAAGACGCUAUGAAGUAGAACAAAACAAGACAAAAUGUAAUAUCUACCAUUUUCUUUAGUAGCACCAAUUAUUUAGUAUUUAGUCGUAUUAAUUAUUUACAAUGUUACUGCAAAUAAUUUAUGUGGUAUAUAAACAAUGUUGAUUAUAAAAUUAAACAUAAUUAAGUUAUUGUUUGAAUAAACAUAAUGAUAGCAUUUACAAAUUAUAAUAAGUUAUUUUAAUCAUAUAAAGUGAUAGUUGUGUUUAACUAGGUACGUUAUACCUAACAAUCUUCUUAGUAGAUUCAAAUAAGAUUUGACUGAAACUAAUAAGAGCGAGUCCCCCCACGCGUCUCCCUUCCCCCGCGCGCGGCGCGUCUCGACUUGCCGUCUGCCGCCACGCGCAUUUUCCGGCGACGCUUCAAUAGCGCCACAGCUCUGAGCAUUGUGAAGUGGAGUUCUGCCUCUGGCAACGCGAGCGCAGCCUGAAGCCUCUAUUUAGUGAUCCGCUUACUGAUACUUACGUAUUGAUAGUGAUUUUGUGUUGUUGUGGUCCAGUCAGAAAUGGAUGACGUUGCCGAACUUUUGAAGACCUGGGAGCUACACGACUUAGUACCAAUUUUUACAGAACAGCGGAUGACAAUCCAGGCGUUAUCGGCUCUGACUCGAGAGGACUUGAAGGACCUUAUUCCGCAGGCAGGACCAAGGGUGCUAUUUACAAGGUGUUGGCGUUCGUGGAAAAAUGAGUUUUUGCCAAUAAACGAUACUAGUAUACCAUCUUUUUCGGGCCUGGAUUUGUCAAACUUGCAGUUUGAUUGCUUGAAGGAAACUGACGAACUAUCUGAAUGUGUUGUAGAGGUAAUACCAUUAGACAACCCUGAGACAAAAGAAAAUACUGCAAGUACAACAAGUCAUCAACAAUUAGGAAAAGGAACUCAAACUGGGAUACUUGAAAAUUUAUUGAAACAAUCACUCGAAACUUCUUCACUUCUGAUUUAUAAAGGCGGUAGCUUAGAUGGAGAUGCUACUAGAAAUUUAUUAGCGUCUGUGAUUGCCAAAGAAAUAUUAAAUGAGAACAAAAAUUCACCAAUAGUUGGUCAAAUUUAUUUCAAGUGGACAAAAUUGAUAAGUGAACUCUUUCCGGGUGAAAGGACCACAACGUAUUAUAUCCCUGCAUGUACUACUGCGUCUGGCGCAGUUCUUCAAGCAAGAGGCAAACUCGUACAUCAGGUACUGAACAGAAGGAGGCGCUUCCAACAAUUAGGAUCCUUGACAACAAAAAAAAGAAACAGAGAAGAAAGCCCAGGACCAUCUUCUUUAUCACCAAGACCAAUGCCAAGAAUAAAGAAUAAAUUUAUUGUCAUAAAAACCUUAGUUGGUAAACAACUAAGGUUUUUAUGACAAUAAACAACAUUAAGGUUGAGUCCUCCUAUUAGGUAUUAAUGUAAGUAAGUAUUGUAAAGAAAGAAAAAUAAAGAAAUAAUUACGUAAUGUAUUUUUUUUUAUAAUCUCCUAGGUACAAGGAUUCAAUUAAGAACUUUUUCAAGGUAGGUAGUAUAUUGGUGACUACCUAAAUCGUCGUUUUUAUCAAGUGUAAGCGAAUUCAUGUAACAUACAUAGGCAUUUACCAAGUACAUAGUGUACUGUGUGUACACUUAGUAAAUAUCUAUGUAAGUUACAUGGAUUCGCAUACACCUAGUACAUACGACGGUUAGGUAGUCAUGAGUACCUACCAACUACCUUGAAAAAGAUCUUAAUUGAAUCUAUUUCCUGUCGUGACUACAUCAACAAAUCAUUCUUAAUAGAUUCAAACAAACCUCAAAGUCAAACUAGCCUAGAUCUUAGUUGAAUGAACUUUUAUCUUAGUUGAUGAAGCUAUAGGAUCUUGAGUGAUUCUAUAAAUUAUUUUGUUGUUAUUAUAAAGUUUAAUGCUUGCGUAUAACAACAUAAUAAUUGACAUAAACAAGUGGCCUUCUUUGAAGCAAGCAUUAUUUAGAUAGACUCAACUAAGCGUCUUGGUUAAAUCAACUAUUAUCUCAUUAAAUACAACUGCGAUUACUUGACACAUUGGACCACUUUCAUUAUUCGGAUAACUCUUAUCUUAGUUGAUUAAGCUAUAGGAUCUUGAGUGAUUCUAUAAAUUAUUUUGUUGUUAUAAUAAAGAUUAAUGCUUGCGUAUAACAACAUAAUAAUUGACGUAAACAAGUGGCCUUCUUUAAAGCAAGCAUUAUUUAGAUAAACUCAACUAAGCGUCUUGGUUAAAUCUAACUAUUAUCUAAUUGAAUACAACUGUGCGAUUACUUGAAUCUACAAAUGAACUUUAUUAAUAUAUUAAGGUUUAAUGCUUAUACUGGACAAGAUAAUUAAUGAAACUAACUAAUCAGUGUUUAUUAAUUCUACAACAGUACUUGAUAGCCGGAACUAAGAACAUUUUAACUAAAUUCUCUUUGUCACAGUAGUCAUGAUCUUGACAGGCUCAUAUGGAGACAAGAUACAUGAUUUUAAUAAACAAGAUCUUAGUUAAAAUGAUCAAAAAUUUUUUUCA